AUGCAUUACCAGUUAGUCAAACACGUUCAAUGUAACGGUAUUUUCUAUUCUGUAGAUAUUUUUCCUUUUCAUCGUUCAUGUUACUUUACCACGUGUAUAAAAGCAGAAAAUGUUCAAACAGCAAUUAUUGAAUUUAAUAAUUGGACAAGUCAAGAAAUCAGUUUAUAUGAUGAAGAAGAAUCUGUUGAAGUUGAAUGGACAGUUGGACCCAUACCAAUAGAUGAUGAUAUUGGUAAAGAAAUUAUCAUUCGUUAUGAUACUGAUAUUGCAAGUGAAUCAACAUAUUAUACGGAUGCAAAUGGACAUGAAGUUCUUGAAAGAAAACGAGAUUAUCGGCCAACAUAG